AAGUGGGAAAGCAAAAAGAAAAUAUCUGUCAUCUCUAUUUGUUUAGUGCUUCGUACACGUUCGUCUGUUUCAUUUUAACCGUUCUUCCUUGCGGAAUGCGAAUUCCGUACGGAUUGGUGUUCGGCGAAGGCAAGGUUUACUUAUUGGUGACCGUUUGGCAGAUCGCUUGUGCAGCCCCGGGUGCUAUGCCCUUUUUCUUCGUUUGGUUCUUGUAGAGCAACUCUCGGAUGGACGAAACGAGUUUAUCUUGUUAUAUUAAUUAUAGGGCGCGAAAUGAAAUGGGGCCACAAAGUAUGUAAAAAAAGAAAGUUGUGAAAAAUCGUGAGAAAGGAAAAGACUGCAAAUUGGCUAACAGGUGAAUAUAAUGGAGCCUGAACCUAAAUUACCUCCGAGGGAGGGUCUCCCGAAAAUUGGGAAGGUUCACGAAAUGAGAAGGGAAUGGUUGGUUCGUGAAGAUGGGGCCCUUGCUUAUCAACUUCAGUCUCAAGAAUUUAAUCAACAUUUACAACAUAAUAAACACAAAAAUGCUCAGGUACGUGAAGAUUUUCCGUGUGCAUUAGAUGAACAAUUACGUGAGCAAAGAUUAGCAGAGCAGGCUGCCGCUGUUUAUCACAAAAUGCUUCAAGAGCAAGAAGAAGUUGAUAAUCAAAUAGCGCGAGAUUUGGCAGAAAAGUUAGAAAAAGAAGAACGCAUGAAACGGAGACAAUUAGAAAAAAAAGACGAAAACGUAGCGAAGCUGUUAUCGAAAGAUUCUCCAAAGCGACACCCACCUCCACCAAAGUUGCCUGAAAAAUCACCUCAUCGUCCUGAUAAAACUAACUAUUUUGCAAAUUUACCAUCAAACAUUCCUCGAAAAGCCCUUCAAAUGCCAUUACCGAACGAAAUGCGACUACAAAUAAGAGAGGAAUACAUGACACCCGAAGAUUGUAUAGAAUUAUACACCGAACCAUACGAUAACCAUAAUAAAAAUACAAUUCCAAAUCAGCAAGCGAUUAUAUCGAACCACUUCGAACGUUUAGAUUUACAAGAAAUUGGUGUCCCAAUUGAUGAAAUAACCGAAAGAAAAAUUCAAGAGGAACGGGACGCCGAAUUGGCUCGACAACUUCAAGAACAAGAAGGUGCGGCCGAAGAAAUUUUAUUAAAUCGUGACAGAAUGUUAGCGAUUGAAGCGAGAGACAAAGAAUUAGCAAAGAUGUUACAAGAACGUGAACGAGCCAAAGUGAAACGAGCUAGAGAGCGGGCCAAACAGAAGGCUCACGCGAAGAAACAGAUGGAAGAACAUCAACAAAAACUCGACACCAAUCAGUUAUUGCCGGACGAUUCAUAUGCGUUUCCGGCGGAUUUAAUUCCUCAUCGUGGGCAACCGCCCGUUUUUAUGCCACAAAAAAGUGUUCUGGAGGAGGAUAGUUAUAGCAAUCCACUAGAUGUACUUCAUCAAGAGGUGAGGUAUUCGCCACAGAAGAGUUUUGAUGGCAGAAUUCAGAACGGCGUUAAGAAUUUGAAGUAUAACGAUAAAGUGCUGGGUGAUGAGGUGCCUCCUCCUUAUAGACCUACUCAAUUAGAUUUAAGAUCACCAUUAAACCGAAUAAGUAAACCUCGAAUGCCCGAUCCGGAACCUUGCUCAGAUAAUACAUCAGCUCAAACAAUUCCGUCCCAACAACUUGUUAAUAUAGCGAUGGCGAUUGAUCCAACGUAUCCAAGAAAUAAAGGGUAUCAAUCAUCGCCAAGUUACGACACUACCUCAAGUACAAUUACAACGACGAGUAGUAGUACCACAUCCAGUAGUAGUCCUGGAGUAGCGUUGCCACCGCCGGAUAUUUCAGAAUUAGUGGAGGGCAAUUCGAGUCCAGUUCCUCCAUACAUGCCCAUACAAGGUCAACGCAGAACAUCUUCACUCGAAAAGAAGCAAAAGAAGAAAAAUAAAGAUGGUUGUAGACAACAAUAAAAAUAAAUUUGUAUACAGAUAAUUUUUUUUAAGGUACG